CCUGGGCUGGCGGAGGGAUAACCGGCUUCCGCACACAGACCGGGGCGGAGGGAUCCAUACGCUGGAACCGCCCGUCGGCGCGGGAGGGAACGGAGGGAGGGAGUGAUGCGAAUCGCAGUAGCUAGGCAGCCUCCCUCUUUGCUUUCCUUCCUUCCUUCUAUGUAGGUAUGUAGGAAGGGACAGACAUCAAUGGAAAGGCUGAAAUACGCAUAGAUGGACUUUCAAAUGCAUAUUUUUAUUGAAAGAGGAAGAUAAAUCCCAAUUGCCAGCGCACUGACUUUUGUUGCUGUGGCAUUGCUUGGUAAAAAUGGGGUUCACUUACUCCAGCUAAAUCCUCGGAGCAUCUCAGAGAGUUACUGCAGUGAAGGACUUCUCGUCUUUUUGCAUCGGAGGAGCUAUAUUGAUGUUAACCAUUUUUUCGUAAAAUGGAGAACGAAAUAUUCACACCCCUUUUGGAGCAGUUCAUGUCUAGCCCUCUUGUCACCUGGGUUAAGACAUUUGGACCGUUAGCUGGAGGAAAUGGGACCAAUCUGGAAGAAUAUGUGGCGCUAGUGGAUGGCGUGUUUCUGAACGAAGUCAUGCUGCAAAUUAAUCCCAAGUCUGCUAGUCAGAGGAUAAACAAAAAAGUAAACAAUGAUGCAUCAUUAAGGAUUCAAAAUUUGUCUAUUUUGGUGAAACAAAUAAAAACUUACUAUCAGGACAGUUUGCAGCAGUUGAUCAUGAUGUCUCUGCCAAAUGUGUUAAUAAUUGGAAAAAAUCCUUUUUCUGAGCCAGGUACUGAAGAAAUAAAAAAACUCCUCCUGCUUUUACUUGGUUGUGCAGUUCAGUGUCAGAAAAAAGAAGAGUUUAUUGAAAGAAUCCAAGGUCUGGAUUUUGACACUAGAGCAGCUGUUGCAGCCCAUAUUCAAGAGGUAACUCAUAAUCAGGAAAAUGUGUUUGAUCUGCAGUGGAUGGAUGUCAUGGUACUGACACAAGAAUACGUUGAACCUCUCUUGAAAAAUAUGGCAUUACAUUUAAAAAGGCUUAUAGAUGAAAGAGAUGAGCACUCAGAGACUAUCAUAGAACUCUCAGAAGAACGGGACUGCCUCCGUUUUCUACCUCACGCAUCGGCAGCACAAUCACCUUGUGGAUCUCCUGGCAUGAAGCGCACCGAAAGCAGGCAGCACCUGUCCGUAGAGCUAGCAGAUGCCAAAGCAAAGAUAAGAAGGCUUAGGCAAGAGCUUGAGGAAAAGACUGAGCAGCUGCUUGACUGUAAGCAAGAACUUGAACAGAUGGAAGCUGAACUAAAGAGACUUCAGCAAGAGAAUAUGAAUUUACUCUCAGAUGCACGUUCUGCCAGAGUGUAUAGAGAUGAAUUAGAUGCUCUUCGUGAGAAGGCAAUUCGAGUCGACAAGCUUGAAAGUGAAGUCAGCCGGUAUAAAGAGAGGCUGCAUGAUAUUGAAUUCUACAAAGCUAGAGUGGAGGAGUUAAAGGAAGACAAUCAAGUGUUGCUAGAAACAAAGACAAUGUUGGAAGAUCAAUUAGAGGGGACCCGAGCCCGUUCUGAUAAAUUACAUGAGUUAGAAAAAGAGAAUCUACAAUUGAAAGCUAAAUUACAUGAUAUGGAGAUGGAGCGUGAUAUGGACAGAAAGAAGAUUGAGGAACUCAUGGAGGAAAAUAUGACUCUAGAAAUGGCUCAGAAACAAAGUAUGGAUGAAUCAUUGCAUCUUGGCUGGGAACUUGAACAGAUAAAUAGGACUACUGAACUUUCUGAAGUGCCACAGAAAUCACUUGGUCAUGAAGUAAAUGAAUUGACAUCAAGCAGGUUACUGAAGUUGGAAAUGGAAAACCAAAGCUUGCUGAAGACAGUGGAAGAACUACAAAGUGCAGUGGGUUCUGUAGAAGGCAGUGGUUCAAGGAUUCUGAAAAUGGAAAAAGAAAACCAAAGACUUAACAAACAGCUUGAAGAGCUGGAGAAUGAAAUCAGUCAAGAGAAGCAGAGUCUUCAGAACAGUCAAAAUUUGACUAAAGAUCUGAUGAAAGAAAAAGCACAGCUUGAAAAGACCCUUGAAGCACUUCGAGAAAACUCUGAGCGACAAAUUAAGCUCUUAGAACAAGAAAACGAACAUUUGAAUCAAACCGUAGCUUCUCUGAGACAACGUUCACAAAUCAGUGCUGAAGCGAGAAUGAAAGAAAUUGAAAAAGAAAAUAAAAUCCUCCAUGAGUCUAUUAAAGAGACCAGCAGUAAGUUAAAUAAGAUUGAAUUUGAAAAAAGGCAAGUCAGGAAAGAACUGGAACACUACAAAGAGAAAGGGGAGAGAGCAGAAGAACUCGAGAAUGAGCUGCAUCGUCUGGAGAAGGAAAAUGAAUUAUUACAGAAAAAAAUUACUAAUUUAAAAAUUACUUGUGAGAAGAUUGAGGCCUUAGAACAAGAAAACUCAGACCUGGAAAUGGAAAACAGAAAACUCAAAAAAACUUUGGAUAGCCUAAAAAAUCUCACUUUUCAAUUAGAAUCCUUAGAAAAGGAGAAUUCACAACUCGAUGAAGAAAAUUUAGAACUGAGAAGAACAAUUGAAUCAUUGAAGUGUACAAGCAUUAAAGUGGCACAAUUACAGUUAGAAAAUAAGGAACUGGAGAGUGAAAAGGAGCAACUUAAAAAAAGCCUUGAACUCAUGAAAGCCUCAUUUAAGAAAACUGAACGCUUGGAAGUCAGCUACCAAGGUCUAGACACAGAAAACCAAAGGCUACAGAAAGCCCUGGAAAACAGCAAUAAGAAGAUUCAGCAAUUAGAAAGUGAAUUACAGGAUUUAGAGUCUGAAAACCAGACUCUGCAAAAGAACUUAGAAGAGUUAAAAAUCUCUAGUAAGCGCCUAGAGCAAUUGGAAAAGGAGAACAAGUUGUUAGAACAAGAGACUUCUCAACUGGAAAAAGAUAAGAAACAGCUAGAAAAAGAAAAUAAAAGGCUUCGACAGCAAACGGAAAUUAAAGAUAGUACUUUAGAAGAAAACAAUGUAAAAAUUAGUAAUCUGGAAAAGGAAAAUAAAUCUCUAUUUAAAGAAAUAGUUAUAUAUAAGGAGUCAUGUGUACGCCUGAAAGAACUAGAAAAAGAAAAUAAAGAACUCGUGAAAAGAGCUACCAUUGAUAAGAAAACCCUUGUCACUUUACGAGAGGACUUGGUGAAUGAGAAAUUGAAGACUCAACAAAUGAACAAUGAUCUAGAAAAACUUGCCCAUGAACUUGAAAAAAUAGGCUUGAACAAGGAGCGUCUCUUGCAUGAUGAACAGAGCAGUGAUGACAGUAGGUACAAGCUUUUGGAGUCAAAAUUAGAAUCCACGCUUAAGAAGUCUCUUGAAAUAAAAGAAGAAAAAAUCGCUGCUUUGGAGGCUCGUUUAGAAGAAUCAACAAAUUUAAACCAGCAACUCCGUCAGGAACUUAAAACAGUGAAAAAGAACUAUGAAGCUCUCAAGCAAAGACAAGAAGAAGAAAGGAUGGUUCAGAAUUCUCCUCCAAGAAGUGGAGAAGACAAUCAAUCUAUCAAUAAGUGGGAGAAAGAAAAUCAGGAAACUACUAGAGAAUUAUUGAAAGUUAAAGAUAGAUUAAUCGAAGUAGAAAGGAAUAAUGCUACGCUGCAGGCAGAGAAGCAAGCACUGAAGACACAAUUAAAGCAACUUGAGACACAGAAUAGCAAUCUGCAGGCUCAGAUUCUUGCACUUCAGAGACAGACUGUUUCUCUACAGGAACAAAAUACUACUCUACAAACUCAAAAUGCCAAGCUACAGGUCGAAAAUUCCACCCUUAAUUCUCAAAGCACAUCUCUUAUGAAUCAGAAUGCACAACUGUUGAUCCAGCAGUCUGCUUUAGAAAAUGAGAAUGAAUGUGUGCUCAAGGAACGUGAGGAUCUAAAAUCAUUGUAUGAUUCACUUCUCAAAGACCAUGAAAAACUGGAACACCUGCAUGAACGCCAAGCUUCCGAGUACGAAUCUCUGAUUGCUAAACAUGGAAGUCUUAAAUCUGCACAUAAAAAUCUGGAGGUGGAGCAUAAGGACUUAGAAGAUAGGUACAAUCAGUUGCUGAAACAGAAAGUGCAGCUGGAAGAAUUGGAGAAAGUACUCAAGACAGAACAGGAGAAAAUGCUACAGCAAAAUGAAAAACACGAAACUGUAGCAGCAGAGUAUAAAAAACUUUGUGAUGAAAAUGAAAGGCUUACUCGUACAUACAGUCAGCUCUUGAGAGAGAAUGAAGUUCUCCAAACAGAUCAUAAGAAUUUGAAAACAUUAUUAAACAGUUCCAAACUAGAACAAACACGAUUAGAAGCUGAAUUUUCUAAACUCAAAGAACAGUACCAGCAACUGGAUAUCACAUCUACAAAACUAAAUAAUCAAUGUGAGCUGCUUAGCCAGCUUAAAGGAAAUCUGGAGGAGGAAAACAGACAUCUACUAGAUCAAAUUCAGACAUUAAUGCUACAGAAUAGAACAUUACUUGAGCAGAAUAUGGAAAGCAAGGAUCUCUUCCAUGUAGAGCAAAGGCAGUACAUUGACAAGCUAAAUGAAUUAAGGCGACAAAAGGAGAAAUUGGAGGAGAAGAUAAUGGAUCAGUAUAAAUUUUAUGAACCGUCUCCACCAAGAAGAAGGGGCAAUUGGAUUGCUCUGAAAAUGAAGAAGCUGAUAAAACCUAAGAAGGAUGUUAAUCGAGAACGUUUGAAGUCCAUGACCCUUACACCUACCCGUUCCGAAUCCAGUGAAGGAUUUCUUCAGCUGCCCCACCAGGACAGUCAGGAUAGUUCCUCUGUGGGCUCAAACUCUCUUGAAGAUGGGCAGACCUUGGGGACCAAAAAGAGUAAUAUGGUUGCACUGAAAAGACUGCCCUUUUUGAGGAACAGACCGAAGGAAAAAGACAAAAUGAAGGCCUUCUACCGUCGCUCCAUGUCCAUGAAUGACCUGGUGCAGUCCAUGGUCCUAGCAGGAGGACAAUGGACAGGUAGUUCUGAGCAUCUGGAGGGUCCUGAUGAUAUAUCUACGGGUAAAAGGAGGAAAGAAUUGGGAGCUAUGGCCUUCUCUACUACAGCUAUCAACUUUGCAGCUGUCAACUCCUCUACAGGCUUCAGAUCCAAGCAGUUGCUAAAUAAUAAAGAUACUACAUCCUUUGAAGAUGUAAGCCCACAAGGUAUUAGUGAUGAUUCUAGUACAGGAUCAAGAGUUCAUGGAGUACAGGACAUUAUCUGUGCAGAUGCUCUUGCUCCUCCUGUUCGUGGCAUUUCAACAAUGUGCAGGGUUCCUUGUCAAAUCUGUUCUUCCAGACCAGCCAGCCUUGAUAGUGGCAGAACAUCCACUAGCAAUAGCAAUAACAAUGCUUCACUCCAUGAAGUCAAAGCAGGUGCAGUUAACAAUCAAAGCAGGCCACAAAGUCACAGCAGUGGAGAAUUUAGUCUGCUACAUGAACAUGAGGCUUGGUCUAGCAGCAGCAGCAGUCCUAUUCAGUAUUUGAAAGGUCAUACAAGGUCUAGUCCUGUGCUCCCGCAAAGAACGACUGAAAUGUUGGAUGGUCGUGGAAAACAGAUCAAAAUCGGUUCUCCUGGGAGUGAAGUUGUUACCCUGCAACAGUUUUUAGAAGAAAGCAACAAGAGUACCUCAAGCGAGAUGAAAUCUACAAGUGAAGAGAAUCUUUUAGAUGAAGUCAUGAAAAGCUUAUCUGAGUCUACGGAGCUGACUGGAAAGGAAAAGCUAAGAAAACAGCCAUCUGCUGGUUGUGGUAUUGUGAGAUCUUUAAGUGUAAAAAAUACAGUUGAUUUCUCAGACGGACGAUCCAUUAAACCAGAACAACUGGUUAGGCCCAGCCUUCGUAAAACUGAAGAUACCUACUUUUCUAGCUCUCCAAUAAAAUUUACAUCAGGCGCUCAAGGGAGGGCCAAAUCAGUUAAAGAAAAGAUACAGGCAACUGUAUCACAGCGACAAUCAAGAGAUUGUAAUCCUUAUGCCACCUUACCUCGUGCAAGCAGUGUGAUUUCUACGGCAGAAGGAACUACUCGAAGGACAAGCAUUCACGAUUUUUUGUCUAAGGACAGUAGGCAGCCUGUAUCAGUUGAUCCAGCACCAUCCACCGCUGACAGAAGUGUUCCAUCAACCUCUAAUGUGGAAGCUAUCCCAGAAAGCAGAAAUUCAAAAAGCAGGUCUAGGGAGCAACAAAGCUCCUAAUUCUAUUACCCACUACAUGAGAUGUGGGCCAAGUGAGAGAAAAGUGUCCUUCAGUAUCUCAGUGUGAAGCCUUUAUAUCUGAAGUAACAAGACAGCGACUGUAGGAAUCAUUAAUAAAAAUUAAGGGAAUUUUUUACAUUCUUCGUGACUAGAGCAGGCAAGAAAUAAAAACCUACCUACCUACCUUCCUUCCUUCCUUCCUUGAAUCAAGGAGCUCUACUGGAGUCUACUGCCGCAAAUAUGUAGAUGGUCUUAGGAAUUAUUGCACAUUGCACUGUUAAGAUCUACUGAAUAAAGGACAGUUCUCAUCUCCCUAAGGACCAAGAAUUUUAAGGUCUCAAGAAUUACUCGAGAAAAAAAAUUACUUCUUUCAUGUUCUGUUUAUGAAAUUAGCCACUGAUUUGCUUAAGCUUCUGCUAACAAUUAGCCAAAAAACCCCAUAACUAGCAGUUUUUAUUGACUUCUGUAAAUGUAAAAUAAAUGCUGUAGUAUUUUGUUGAAAUUGACUGUAUAUACAGAUACAAAAACCUCACAGCUUACUGGCACUUCACUGCCUUUUUUGGUUAGCAUAAUCUGCAUGAAAUUGCUCCUAAAACAGUUUAUGCUGGUUUUUGUUGCGUACUGCGAGAGAAGAAUUCGUUUACAUACAUGAAAAAGUUCAAUAACUAACAAAAGUGGGAGUCAUGGGAUAAUGGUAUUACACAGAAACUGUCAUCUGUGUUUUUUCACAUUCCCAAGUUAUUCUGCAUAUAUAUAUGUCCAGAUGUUUCUGAUAGGAAAUUGUCAGGUAUGACUUUUCUAAAACUUUUAAUAUAAGGCUGUUUUUCAACAAAUGGCAUUUCCAGGAUAAGAUUAUCUUACGAUGUUUGUGUAUUGACUUUUUUUUAAUUGUUUGUCUUUUGACAUGAGCUGACUGUGGCUUAGGAGGUUUACUGAUGGCAAAAGAAACGUAAAUAAUAUCAGGCAUUUUACAAUCAGUUUCCCUUGAGGUCAUCUUCUAUUAGCAAGACACAUUCUGUUCAUUACUGAUUUAUAUUAAACUCAAGAAAUGUUACUGGCACAUUCGGUGGUUGCAUACAUUUGUUGUCUUGUAAACAAUCACACUGAGCUCAAAGGUGGUGUACAUGAAUUUAUAAGCAGAUCCAAAAUGAGUUACCAUAAUUCUAUUUUACUACAAACCAGUAAGCACAUUCAUAUUCCUGUUACGAAGGGUUAACUGUGUAACCUCCCAGUGUCCCGUCUCCCAGCAGGCACGUACAUAACUCUCACCUACAGCUAUCUCCAUUCACCUAAGUAAAGGUAAGCGUGACACAGUUGCAGAAUGAGGGUUGCAGACCACUGGAAGCUGUUCACGCUGCUGCUCAGGCUGUGCGGUUGAGAUGCUACAACUUCAGCUUAACAACAGCUUGUUUCUUCAGCCUUGCAGGUUUUAUCAUUUAUAAAGUCUCAAGCUGUCAGGGAGAGUUAGAAUAAUUUUUCACUGGAGAGAGAAAGCAGUUCAGCAGAUGCAAAGGCAUACUGGCAAGUCAUUUUUUAAAUUUUACUAAAUUUUUGUCAAAAGGGGGGAAAAGAGGAAAGUUCAGUAAGCUUUAGAUGGGAAUUUUCUUGGUUUUUUCACUUAAAGUGACUUCCUUCUGAAAGACGUUUUAUGCUGAAAGACGUUUUAUGCUAAAACGUGCUAAAAGUUCUAGAUCUAAACAGAAUAUUUUGGUUUUACAACACAAAUACUUGGUUCAGCCUAGGAUUGUUUUCACAGAGAAUUUAGACUUUUUUUUUUUCCCCUUAAGCAAUAACAGGACCAAUCUUGCAGCUCUCCACCAUACAGAAUAUCCAUUUUUCAUCUGAAGAUAUUUCUGGUAUUACAUUAAAAUCGUUGGUUGAUUUUUAAUUACCAACUCGCACUAGCAUCCCUUUCUGGUCCCUUAUUCUCAGUGUCAAGAUUUCCACUGAUUUCCGUGGAAGCAUGGUGAUUUUCACAGGGUAUUAACAGAGAUCAGCAAUGCCAGGAGCAAUCUGAAGCCCAGCGCCCUCCUGAAAUCCAGCUCCACAAUGGUUUUGUAGGCAGCCUGAGCUCAGUUGCAUUUGGAAUAAUUUCCUGUGUUGUAACUGAGGUAAUACAACAUUUUUGAGAAGGAUUCGGGCCGUUCCAAGCCAUGCAGUGGCAGCUAUGAGAUGUCACCAGGGGGGCGGGUGGGAUGUCAAAGCUCAGGGCACAGCUGAGUUUCUCCCCCAAUACCAAGUGAGAGACAUAGAGCCCAGACAUGCUUUAGGAGAAAAUUACUCUUAAGCAAUAAGAAUCUGGCGUCAGGCCUAGUUUCUGUACCACUCCUGUACUGCAAUAUAGGCAGAGCCACAGAGACUGAGGGAAAAGUUGCCUUUACAGAAUUUCAUAGGCAAAGACAGGGAAUCUGGAAUGCUCCUAGCCCUUACUAAAGGCAUAGCUGUUACGAAAGAGAAUUAUAGUGCCAUAAAUAUUAGGAAAACCUCUCUGAUUCUAAAUUACGGUAUUUUCAAGCCCUGUUCAGGGUCUGAGUGUGGCUGGGUUCUCCUAGCUCUGACUGAUGCAUUUCAAACUAUUAAACCCUAACCAUUUAGUAGUGUCACUAUUUUUAGAAGAACAUGCGUGUCUUGAAUGAACAGAUUCAAACCAUAGUGCCAAAUGCUGUUUGUAUUCACAGAAUCUGAGCAGUUGUGUGUGUUCAGAUUCUCCAAGACCCUGGGAAUUAGGCAAGAGCAGUGUAUUGCUGUGACUGCUGGCACUGCACGCGCGUCUCUGAAGGACAUUGCUGGGCACACAUAACCUGCCCUCCCUGCAGGUGGCUGUGUUGUUUUUGUCACACGGGCAUCUCCUGACAUUUCAUUUAUUAGCUCUUUUCUGUAUUCACCAAGUUGUCCAAGGCUACUCGUCACAACUUCUACGCUUGCUUUUUGUAUAUUAUUACACCUUCUUCAAGCAGCCAAGUGAUCACAGCCAGGGUGUAGUCACAAACCUUAACAAUUGCAUGUUAACUGAUAACGUGUAUUAGAAAUGAACCCCCCUGAUCCAAAAACCUAAACAAAGUUUCCUUGUAUGAGAGAAUCAGCGGGAGUGUGGGGGUAGAAUUCAUCCUGCUAGGGUUGUGUCCAGCGCAGGUCAGAUUCGUGUGCCGGAGUCCUGGCUAGUGCCCGUUGAUGCCAUAGUAAGCAGGUUUUGGCUCACUUAACCUGCACCAGAACACAGGCCGGAGUGGGAUUUUGGGUUGUAUUUGCUAAAUUAGCCAAAAGCAGCACCAGGGAUAGUCUUGCAUUUAAGAGAUCAGAAUCUGCUUCUCCCAGCACCUUCUUUUGUGAUGAAAUUUCAGAGCAGAAGAGCAGCCAGGAGGCUACCUGUGCUCCGAUGACUUCUAAAUUAUAUUAUUUUUCCUUUCUUAAUUUUAAUCUUCCCAGGCUGUGCCCUUAAAAUAAAAUAAAAACGUAAAUUUCAUUUGGGAGCAGCUUCACAUUUUCUGAAACAAAAACUCACAGGGGAAGAGCGCGGCAGCUGUUGGACUGCCUACAACAAGGGCACACACAUGGCUUGAGUUGCCAAAUGUGUCUCUGCUAGUUCAAGAUUACGAAAGAAGUUGUAGUACUAUACAACGUGUCAUUUUCAUUUACUUCUCUGGUAGUCUGCUGAGGAUUUAGUGACAUUCCCAGCAUGUAUUAUUUCUAAACUCUUUCCAAGAUGUGAUGCAGCUUCAUAAAAGAACUCAUGUAUGAUUUUUAGAGGUAGAUGAUAAUGUAUAUGUAAAUAAUGCUUUGAUAUUAAUAAAACUGCCUUAAAGGAAUGUACCUAGGUAUGAAACAAAACUUAAAAAGCUCUUAUUUAAAUCUGUAAUUUCCUUAUUGAUUUUUUUUAAUGUUUGCCAUUGUAUACAUUUAUUAAUGAUGUUAUUAAAAUGCCAAACCAAAUAAUUUUUAAUCUUAUUUUGUGUGUACAUUUAUACACACUUUUUCUGGAACCUGAUGUUACUGGAAGGAUAUUGGUGUUACGUAAUGGUGAUGUGGUCAGUGAGUAUUUCUUCCUGGAAAGAAACUGAUAAAACUGGAGCAGAAUUUUUCUGGACAGUGUGUAGUUUGUUUCGUGUUGUUUAUUUGUGUAGACCUGCGUAGCUUUUAUCUAUACAUUAUUUUGAUGUUAUUUAAAAAAAAAAAAGACUAAUUUCAUAAGUAAUACAACAAGAAAUGACUAUAGAUUUGCCAAAUGUAGUAUUUGAAACUUUGAUUUUGUUUGACUAUUAUUUUUGCAGAGAGAAGCCUCAGAAUCUCUUCUGAGGACAAAGGUAGUUAAAUUUUAGGUAGUACGGAUUUUAAGAUUCAUGAAGCAUAGUAAACUGCUGUUGUGCACAUGUCUUUAAAACCAUUUUUCACAUCUAGAGCUUUCUGGAUUUAAAAACCUGACAAGUCAAGUUUAGUUUGUUGGGGUUUUUUUUAAGAAAUAAAGGAUUUGGGGGUACUAUAAAGAAGAAAUCUUACAGGGGAAGGGAGAGUGAGUGGCAGUCAGAGGGUAAGAUAAAUUUUACUUUCAAAGACACCUAAGACCGUAUCUUAAUAUUUAGCUAAACUGGUAAUGUAUUUGUAUAUCCAGAGUUCAUUAAUCAACCCAAUAUUUCCAAAUACAAGAUGUUCCUUUCAGCCUCUUAUUCACAACAAAUACAAAAUCACAUGUAUCUGGACCUCUUUCUAGUGACUCUUCCUAUAGUUUCAACAUUUUUGGGUCACUUCUUUUCCAUUUGAGAUGACUACCGUGAUAGCUGGGGUUGGUUUGUGUCUUCUGAAGGUGGAGGGGAGGAUUUAAAUGGCAGUAUCAUGAAGUACUCAGUCAUUAAGUUUGCACCUUUGAGAACAGGUUUCAAAUCCUUCAGAAAUGAAGGAGACUGGGGUAAGGAUCUUUGAAGUAACUUGCCUUGCCCUGGAAGAUGCUGCUUCUCACUCAGUUGGUGGCAGUUGUUUGUAGAAUUAAAGAUUUCACUUUGUUACAGGGGAAAGAGAAAACCAAUCCAGCAUACAAAUGUUUGAUGUUCUUGGCUCCUAGAACUGUCUUGGCCAUCUAGAGUGAAGCUGAUUCCAGUUGGCCGAGUUUUGCCAUGUUUCUUUUGAAGCAUUUCCCUUUACCACCAUUAGCAUCGCAUCCUUCAGCAUGAGGCAGCAGGAAAUAGUCAUCCGAGACCACAAGUCCUUUUGUGUGUUUUUUCUUCGUGCUUCUGUAGCCUUUACUUCCAUUCUGUCCCAACCUGAGUUGGCGCUAUUGCUUUCCUUUAGGCGUAGUUUGUACAUGACACUUUCCUUAGGCUGUGUUCACAAGCCCUCUUCCCCAUCAUCUUCUGAUUUUGUCCCUCACUUCCACUACUUCCCUUUCCUUGGGUUUUGGGUGGACACUCAUUGCCGCAGUACGUUUACUGGACUUUAAGGAGUUUCUGCUGCUUCUCUCUUCAACACAAAGACUGCUCGAAGAGGGUUUUGUUCCUUUUGUCAAGAGAGAGGAGGAGAAAGAAUUAGAAAUUUAAUGUUGAGAAUGUACCGGUCUGGUUCUGCUGACAGUAGAUACUUUUCUGUACUAAAUGUAUGUCAUCUAUUGAAAGCCAAGUCAGCCUCCCCUACACCUCUUAAGCCCGUGGAUGUUUGCAUGUGUAGUCUCCUUCUCCCGAAGGGAGAAGCUUAAGUACAGCUAGCUACUCCUUGGACCGUUCCUUCCAUUCCUAUAGGUGCUGGUUCAGGUACAGCGGACUAGAGGAGAUGCAUGUCCUCCAUGGAUUCAUCAGCUUGUAGAAAUUAUGCAGAGGAGUUAAUACCAUGGCAGGUUGUGUUAACAUCCCUCCUGGGAGUAACAUCUGGGGGCGGUCUAGGCAGGGGGGAGGCACGGGACUGUGAGUAGCUGUGUCAUCUGGGAAGUGCCAGAGGACUUGGUAUUUCCCAAGGGGAGGAUCGUGUGAAAGGGCAAACGUGACUAAAACCGUAGACAAUCAAAUGCCUUUUCUGUAGUGUAGCUAAGUUGGUUUUUUCUAGGUAAAAAUAAUAAAGCAACAUGUAGCAGGGGAUAAAUGGGUACAGGUACAGUUUAGGCAUCUCUGUCCUCUGUGUAUUGACAAUUAUUUUAGAGCUUCUAAUUUGUUAUUUCCUAAUGAUGUGAAGUUUAAACCUUCAAGGCCAGUACCAGGGUCCACAGAAAUAUUUCCAGCUUUAUCCAUUUUUAUUAAUAAACAGGGUAACAUUACUUCAGUAACACCAUCUCCACUUACUGGUUACAUAGCAGUAGAUUGCAAACAUGUCUUGUCUUUUUAAGAAUAUUCUGUUAAACUUUCAAUAACCCGAAGAUGGUAUUUUUUCUCACCAGAUUAUAUAAUAUAAACUUACACAACUGAAAAAAAAUAAAGGAGGAGUAAGCCUGGUGGUUUUUGGUUUUUUGCUCUACAAAGUCUAUGCCUUUAUCUACUUGAUGUCUUCAUCAAAGUGUACGAUGAUGGGAUCGUGGCCUGUUGACCUCACAAACUUCAAAAAGUCAUCAGGGCUUAAGCCCAUGGUUGCAGAAUUUGUCAUUGGGUGAAAAUACACCUUUUCGUGACCACCUUCCAGAAAGCUGGCAUCCAGCACAAACCUCACGUCUCCCUGGUCACAGAAGAGGGCUAGCGGUGUCACACAGCCCUGGCCUACUUUUAGCUUUUCCAGCAUAGCAUUUUCAUCGGCAAAUCUUAGGUUUCCACUUCCAACACCCAGUUUUUUAGCAAGAUCAUUUAAAUUGAUUUGCCUGUUGUGCAGAACAGUCACCAGCCAGAACCCUUUCUUCUUUUUGUCUUUAAGAAAAAGGUUUUUACUGUGACCUCCUUUCAUGUGUUGAACAUGGGGCAUCAUUUCUUCAACAGUGAACACCUGGAAAAUACCAACAGCAUAGUUUGAGACUAGGUCCCAUUAGACUCCCAGUUGCCUACUGGCAGGUACCUUUUGUUAAAUACUUAGAAAAUACUGAAUGUUAUACUCUGCCUAAAAAACUGUACCCUUUUAUGAAGAAAUUUUAAAAGAACACAAAUAAAAUGCGACAUGCUGC